AUGGAGAAGCUGGGAAUGAACCCCGUCAACUCGUGCCCGCUCACGCCGCUGGGGUUUCUUGAGCGCGCGGCCACCGGGUUCGGCGAGUGCCGGUCCGUCGUCUACCACGACGUCGUCUGGACCUGGAGACAGACCUUCCGGCGCUGCCUCCGCCUCGCCUCCGCCCUCGUGUCGCUCGGCGCCUCCCGCGGCGACGUGGUCUCGGCGCUCCUCCCCAACGUGCCGGCCAUGUACGAGAUGCACUUCGGCGUGCCCAUGAGCGGCGCCGUGCUCAACACCAUCAACACGAGCCUCGACGCGCCCACGGUGGCCGUCCUGCUCGCCCACUCCGGCGCCAAGAUCAUCUUCGCCGACCCGGCGUUCCUGUCGCUCCUCGCCGACGCGCUCCGCCUUCUGCCGCCAGGGGGCCAACCUGCGCCGCGUGUCAUCCUCCUCGCCGGGGAGGACGAGGCGGACGGAGGUCUGGAUCUUACGACGUCCGAUGAGGAGUUGGCAGCACUCACAACGUACGAGAUGCUUCUCGAGAAGGGAGACCCGGAGUUCGCCUGGGUCCGGCCGGCGACCGAGUGGGAUCCCAUGAUCCUCAACUACACCUCCGGCACGACGUCGGCGCCCAAAGGUGUGGUCAACUGCCACCGCGGGAUUUUCUUGAUCACCGUCAACUCGCUCAUUGACUGGGCGGUGCCCGCUCGACCGACGUUCCUGUGGACGCUGCCCAUGUUCCACGCCAACGGGUCGAGCUUCCCCUGGGGGAUGGCCAUGGUUGGCGGCACCAACGUCUGCCUCCGCCGCGUCGACGCCGCCGAGGUCUACGCCGCCAUCUCUCGCCACGACGUCACCCACCUCUGCGCGUCGCCGAUGGUGCUCAACGUGCUGGCCAACGCACCCGAGGGCGUGCGGAGGCUCCCAGCAGCAGGGAAGGUGCGAGUCCUGACGGGCGGCGCGCAGCUGCCGGUCGCCGUGCUGGAGCUGGCUGAGGCCGUCGGCUUCCAGGUCAGCCACGGGUACGGGCUGAGCGAGACCGGGGGGCUGGUGGUGUCGUGCGUGUGGAAAGAGGAGUGGAACAAGCUGCCGGCGCCCGAGCGAGCGCGGCUCAAGACGAGGCAGGGCGUGCGCACGCCGGUGAUGGCCGAGGUGGACAUCCUCGACAGCGAAACGGGCCGCAGCGUGCCCCGCGACGGAUCCACGAUGGGCGAGAUCGUGCUCCGCGGCAGCUGCGUCAUGCUGGGGUACCUCAACGACGACAAGGCGACCGAGGCGGCAAUCCGAGACGACGGGUGGUUCCACACGGGGGACAUCGGGGCCAAUAGCUCCUGUGCGAUGUUUUUCAUGCGAAUUGGAAGGAGUGCGAUGUUAUUGGAAUGA